GCAUCACCACGUUACAAUGAUUGUGGACAACAUGCAAUCUAUCAUACAUUAGGUAGUGGACAUCCGAUACCACAGCUAACACUUAGUGAUGAUGGUGAUACAUUAUGUGUAAGAAGUGGUUCUUUAACACGAGCAUCAUUACGUAUGCCAUCAAAACAGGAUCAUCAAGUUCAAGCUGGACCAGGUAAUUUUUAA